CAGGCAACAAAGGAAGAAAGGAAGAGGCCGUAGCUACAAAGUGUUAGCCAACAAAGGCAGAAAGAUGUCACCUUAUUGUGUCAGUCUAGUCGACUAUGUAUACUCGCAAAUGUAGAGAAGUACUAAAUCCGGCCAUAUAAAUACGUUGUACCUUCGUAUCAACGCAGAAGACGACCCGAAGAAAGCAUCAAAUGAAAGGUGGUGGAAGUGGAACUUGACCUAUCCAUCUGAGUCACCAUUUUCCUGCACAUAAUGGGUUUAAUGGUUCAACUGUAUGCAUGACUUGUCUCGUGUGGCCUGAUGGGAGGGCACUGUGGAUAGUACUUUCAUCAGGAUACCAGGAGAGUCAUCACAUGCCCCCAGUUUGGAGGGCCUGUCAGAAUGAAGAAGAUAAGCCUUAAGACCAUCCGCAAGUCCCUCAGCAUAAAGGGCAAAGAAGAGGGGGACUUUGUCAUGCUCCAGCAGCCCUCGGUCACCACAGAGUUCUCUAAAGAAGAGCCACUUUUUGGCGGCUGCUACACCAAAGACCUUUCAGGCAGUGACCUUGGUGGAGAAGAGGACAAAGGGGGACAGAAUAAGGGCCGUUCAAAAAGCGAGGGCCUGAUGGGAUCACUAAAGAGAAGACUGUCCACGAAGCAGAAGCCAAAAGUGAAAGGUGGUUCCUCAGCCAUUGGUUCCUUGGAUGAUGAGGAUACCUUCUCAUCUUCUUCUGUGCCGAUCAGCUUUAAUGAGGUGAAAGCUCAGAGACCCCUUAGAUCUGCGUCCCUACGGAGUCACCAUUAUAGCCCCUCACCGUGGCCUCUACGGUCAGUCAACUCUGAUGAGGCGUGCAUCAAGAUGGAGGUCAAAGUUAAAGCCAUGGUUCACUCUCCUAGCCCAAGUCCCAACUUAAAUGGUGUCCGGAAGGAAUUUCAUGAUUUCCAAAUGGAAGGGCUCUUUCAGGACCAAGCAGAAUCUUUAAAGAAUCUCCAGCAGCCACAGAAUGGUGAGCUGCAUCUAAAUAUUGAUGAAAAUGAUGUGCCUGUGGUACUGGGGUUGACGCCUCAGGACUACAUACAGUACACAAUGCCUUUAGAUGAGGGAAUGUACCCAGAAGGGUCUCACUCCUUCUGCCUGGACAGCUCCUCUCCUAUGGAGGUGGUGACUGAGGCAGACAGCGGGUCCCUUCACACAGACCAGGGACAGGAGGAACAUGAACUUAUUAGUGGGAUGCCUCCAGAUCUCUUCAUGGAAACCUCAGUUAAUGGUCUGCUCCUUGGUUCUUCUGGUGUUAUGCUCCAAAGCUCUAGAGUUGAGGUGCCACCUCCCCUUUCUCCACUGUUGCCGCCCAUUACAAACAACGGACAUAUUCCCAGGACUUUUUCAGGCUUCAGCUCUUCAGAUAGCCAGGUAGCUGAGAGAGUAAGGCACCACCUCAACUUUGACCCAAAUUCAGCUCCUGGGGUCAGUCGGGUGUACGACUCAGUCCAGAGCAGUGGGCCCAUGGUUGUGACCAGUCUAACCGAAGAGCUGAAGAAGCUGGCAAGGCAGGGCUGGUACUGGGGCCCAAUUACACGCUGGGAGGCUGAGGAGAAGCUGGUUAACUUGGCUGAUGGCUCAUUUCUGGUCAGAGACAGUUCAGAUGACAGGUACCUGCUCAGCCUAAGUUUCAGGUCACAGGGCAAAACUCUCCACACCCGCAUUGAACACUCCAAUGGACGCUUCAGCUUCUAUGAACAACCAGAUGUGGAGGGACACACAUCCAUUGUUGACUUAAUUGAACACUCCAUUAGAGACUCAGAGAAUGGAGCCUUCUGCUAUUCCAGGUCUCGCUUACCAGGGUCUGCAACCUACCCUGUCAGAUUAACCAACCCAGUAUCUCGGUUUAUGCAAGUACGCUCCCUGCAGUACCUUUGUCGCUUUGUCAUUAGACAAUACACAAGGAUAGACCUGAUUCAAAAACUGCCCCUGCCUAACAAGAUGAAAGAUUAUCUGCAGGAGAAGCACUACUGAGGACACAGACAGGACAGUGAUAGAGCAGUUUUGCACUUUUGUGUUCAGUUAAGAGAUUUAAACAAGGUUUACAGACAACCGUAACUUUGAGAUGAUUGAUUCUGGUGGCUCUUGAGUUGUGUUCAGGUGACUCUGUCACUGUCUGGUCCUCCAUUCCACUCUUCUGGGUUUAUUUUAGCUGGUUUUAGGAGGCCCUACUUCCAGAAAUAUAGGGCAACAUGUUAUCUAUUGCAAAUAUAGCAGAGGUAUACAGCCAAGUUUGUUAGUUGCAUACACUAAGUGCAGAUAUAUUAGACAUGCAUUGUGAUGUACGGUUCAGUGCAUGUGAAGCAGGUUGUCAGGAAUCUGUCAUCUGCAUUACAGUUGGGCCUGAAGAAAACUACAACUCUACUCUUUAUAUUGGUUCUUCAAAUACUGAAUUUAAAACUUAUCCAGUUCUUAUCCACUAAAUUGUAUAUGUCAAAGAUUAAGGGACAGAAAGGCAUUACUGCAAAGUUUUUGUCCCAUUGAAGCUCUGUGCAGACUGAAUUUUGAUCAUCCUUUGCAUUUCAAAUUGUGUAAUGUCACAUUAUCUGUGCUGUUAGAAAAAGAACAAAACUAGGCUGGAAUUGCAAGCGAUGUGAUGGCAACCUUUUGUUUCCAUGUUGACCUUUACUGAAAGGAAAACAAAAAACUUUCCAAUGGUUUUAUUGCAUUUCAGCUUUUGCAACCCUCACUUCUUAUUGAGUGGUUGUAUUUUCAUUAAGAAGUAUUUUUUUAAGUGUUGGGUUACUGGUGACACACUACAAAUGCAUUUAAUAUGCAUGUUUAUUUUUUGAGAUUCAUACUCAUUCAAAGAUUGUACCACUUAAUCAAAACACCAUUUCAA